GAAUCUUACCAUAGUCUUGGAUACCUUCUAUUUUCUCUUAAUAUCUCCAACUUGUUUAAACCUUUCUUCCUCACAAAAAAAAAAAAAAAUAGUUUAAAAAAUGGCACUUCCUGAGACACAACAUGACACCAAAACUCUCCCAGAUGCCUGGGACUAUAAAGGAAGACUAGCCCUCCGAUCAUCGUCCGGCGGUUGGACUAGCGCUGCCAUGAUUUUAGGGGUUGAGGCUGUGGAGAGGCUAACGACGCUAGGUAUUGCUGUAAACUUGGUGACAUAUUUGACUGGAACAAUGCAUUUAGGAAAUGCAAAUUCAGCCAACAACGUUACAAAUUUUCUUGGAACUUCAUUUAUGCUCACUUUGCUUGGUGGUUUUGUGGCAGAUACAUUUCUUGGACGGUACCUUACAAUUGGUAUCUUUACAACUAUUCAAGCAAUGGGUGUGACCAUCUUGACCAUCUCGACCAUAAUCCCAAGCCUCCGACCACCAAAGUGUGAGCCAGGUAGCUCAGAAUGCAUCCCUGCAAAUGGCAAACAGCUCAUGGUCCUAUACAUCGCGCUAUACAUGACGGCCCUAGGGACCGGGGGCCUAAAAUCCAGCGUGUCUGGGUUUGGGUCAGACCAGUUUGACGAAACGGACAAAAAAGAAAGAGGACAAAUGAUAAAAUUCUUCAAUUGGUUCUUUUUCUUCAUCAAUGUGGGAUCACUAGGUGCAGUGACAAUAUUAGUAUACAUACAAGAUAAUUUGGGAAGAGAAUGGGGUUAUGGAAUUUGUGCCUGUGCUAUUGUUAUUGGUUUGGUGAUUUUCUUAUCUGGCACAAGAAAAUAUAGGUUCAAGAAACUUAUGGGGAGUCCAUUGACACAAAUUGCUUCUGUUUUUGUGGCUGCUUUGAGGAAAAGGCAUAUGGAAUUGCCUUCUGAUUCUUCACUUCUUUUCAAUAUUGAUGAUAUUCCUGGUGAUGGAAAUAAAAAAGCUAAACAAAGAUUGCCUCACAGCAAAGAGUAUCGUUUCUUGGACAAGGCAGCUAUUAAGGUAAUUGACCCUGAAUCUGCUGGAUUUACCGUGGUGAAUAAGUGGAAUUUAUCAACUUUAACUGAUGUUGAAGAGGUAAAAUUGGUUCUACGAAUGUUACCAACAUGGGCUACGACCAUUAUGUUUUGGACUGUUUAUGCCCAAAUGACAACAUUUUCUGUGUCACAAGCUACAACCAUGGAUCGUCACAUAGGAAAAUUCGAAAUUCCUCCUGCCUCGUUGACACUCUUUUUCGUGGGGAGUAUCCUCUUGACAUGUGUAUUUUAUGACCGCCUAGUCGUGCCAAUUGCUAGACGUGUCCUCAACAACCCCCAUGGGCUAAGCCCACUGCAACGUAUUGCCGUAGGCUUAGUCCUAUCGAUUAUAGCCAUGAUAGCAGCCGCUUUGACCGAAGUAAAGAGACUAAACGUGGCACAUUUGCAUGGAUUGACCAAUAAUGGAAAUACCAUGGUACCAUUGAGUGUCUUUUGGCUAGUACCACAGUUCUUGCUAGUAGGGGCAGGUGAAGCAUUUACUUAUAUUGGACAACUUGAUUUCUUCUUAAGAGAGUGUCCAAAAGGGAUGAAGACAAUGAGUACGGGGUUGUUUUUAAGUACACUUUCACUAGGAUUUUUCGUUAGUUCAGUUUUGGUGACCAUUGUGCACAAAGUGACAGGGAACAAACCAUGGCUAGCUGAUAAUUUGAACCAAGGAAAGCUCUAUGAUUUCUAUUGGUUAUUGGCAACAUUGAGUGUGUUGAAUUUGAUGGUUUUCUUGUUUUUUUCAAGACGGUAUGUGUACAAGGAGAAGAGGCUUGCUGAGUGUGGGAUAAUUGAAAUGGAGGAUUCAGGACCAUCAUGUCACUAAACUACACAAGGCAAUUAUUAUCGUCUUCAUAAAAGCAAACUAGUGUUUUUUUUGUCUUUCAACUUUUUGGUUUUGGUUUUCUUCUUCUUUAACUUUAUUGGAAGGGUUACGUGUCUAUGGUAACCUAGUUGUAUAUGUUCAAAUCAAAGAAUGGAAAAGAGCUUAGUUAAUGAAAAGUUGUAGAGCUCUUUCUUUUC